AUGCCUGCAGGUCGUCGACGACAUCCUAGCAGUGAGAUACUGAUCCCUAUAGCUCUCGGCCUCACGGCGGCAAUCGCGUCCGUUGGGCUCUAUCUCUGGCCCGACACUGAGUCGAACUACUCUUCUAGCUCCGACGAAGACCGCAAAAAGCUGAGAAGGCGCCGUCGACAUAAAUCAUCGCGCCGAAGAUUCCGCGAAUAUGAUCAUAUAACGGAGGAAGACACGGACGAUCUCGAGGAGGACCGGAGACGCGAUGAAGAGCGCUUGAGGUUGAAAGGCAAACAUACCAGCGCCGUCGGUGCAGUGGUCGCCAGUGCCAUAACUGCCGAGAAGAAAGUCGAGCACGCAGUUGUAGAUGUUGUCGAGAAGGCCAAAGAAUUGGCUUUUGACGUCUUACCCGCAAAGAAGAAGCCAGAAGCCGUUAUAGAGCUGAAGAAAGAAGCUUCAAUGGAGAGGCCACAAUACGUACCCCCUCCUGCAAAAAAGAAGACUGUUGCGGUUGUGGUGUCUGAGCGGAAAGCACUCGAAGGCCAUGAUUCAGACUCUGAUUUUGAGGAAACCGGGUUACCAGCGUCUCUUCUCUCCCACCUUCCGUACCCCCUGGAUUUGUCGAUGACUGAGCUGAAUAUCCUCAUUUACUCCCCGCAUCUAAGCACACACCCAUUAACCCAUUUUGCGGAAACUCAAUCUGCGCGCCUUGCACGCAAAGACUCGACAUCACAACCGGUUCUCCGUCGAGCACCCAGUGUUCUAGCUAGCAACACCUCAACAUAUAACAUCGCUACCUCCGUCCUCCCAGCUUCCUACCCCCUCGAGCACAUUCUUCCGUUCACAGACCCCAACUCAAUUACACCGCUCCUCCGUGCACUGGCUCCUGAGAUUGUAUACAUCGAAGAGCCAAUCACAAUCCCUUCCAACGGUGCCAUUGUCGCUGGUCUUCUUGAAGGCGGAUGGGUCGGGAGUGUAGUCAUUGUACUGAUCGGCGAAGAAGAUCAGUUUGCAGGGUUGAUAGAUAGUGAUGACGAGGAGGAAAGUCCUGUAGAGAUGAGAAAGUCGAAGGGGGAAGGGAAAUGGUGGGGUGAUAAUAGCCUUGAGGGGAUCAGAGCGAGGUUUGGGGGAAGAGUACAAGUUGUUGAAGGAUGGGUUUUGACGGAGGAUUGGAGAAGAAGAAUUGAGGAGAGAGGUUGA